CAGCAUAUAAUUUAUACAAUUUCGUUUUUUGGAUUUUUUCAUUCCUCUGAUGAAUUGCAAACAAAUUUUAAAUAAACCGUCUCCAUAUUCACACCGGAUAUGAAUUUUAUAAUGUUGGUAAUAAUUUUCACAUUUGGAAUAACUAACAUUGUUUUGCAUAGUGAAAAAUAUGAAUUUCGAAUAGCGUGGAUGGCUCCGAGUAAGAAGUAUUAUAAUUUAAGUGCCUCCUCCAGUGUUGGUGCAUUUAAAGUUGCCUUAACUGCUCUAAGUCAAAACUGGAAUUCACCUCAGACUGUUUUUCAGAAUUCCACCAUAAAAGUAAAGUGGUAUGAUACAGACUGCAAUGAAAAGACGGCCUUGGCCGCUGUUUUAGACGCAAAAGAAACAUAUAAUCCAAAUGUCAUCUUUGGACCACCCUGCCCUGUUAGUCUUAGAGGAGUUGCUCUUUUAGCUGCACACUGGAAUAUACCAGUAUUUGACUGGGUAUCACAAGGGGAAGAAUUUCAAGAUCGAAAAAAGUAUUCAACUUUGGUACGCUUCUUGGGACCCCUAUCACGCUUUCCGGAUGUUAUUUUCCACAUUAUGUCUCUCUUUUCGUGGACACAAUUUGCAAUUAUUUUUGACAAAAGAGAUCAACAUAGGGCCUUGGCGUCUGAAAUUUCUAAAUCCCAAAAUAAGUCGUGGUACAGAAUCUUACAAUCGUUUGAAGUUUCCAACAAUAUGGAGGAGGAAAAUAUAGAACAAAUUUUCACGGAAUUGAAACGCAAUUCUAGGAUUAUCAUCAUGGUAUUACCUUGGUUGGACAUGCGGAGAUACAUGUUAGUUGCUUAUAAACUUGGAAUGACAAAGGGAGAGUUUGCUUUUCUUUGUAUUCAUAGUGAACUAUACACAUAUGACACAAUGGAAUCUGAUGUAUUUUCUGAUAAGGUUUGGAGAAGAAAUGACUCGAGUGACGAUAUAGCAAGGGAAGCAUUUGAACCAGUAUUUCAUAUUUUGGUGAAAUCCUUAGAGAAAGAUCCAUGGACUCUUUUCAAAGCAGUUGCUAAAGAAAAUGGCAAUAAAUCUAAUCCUAACUGGAAUAUACCUGUUAAGCCUACUUUGCCAGACGCCUACUCAGCUUACCUGUUUGAUGCGGUAUUAAUGUGGACAAUGUUAACUGAUAAACUACUAAAAGUAAAGAAAAAUCCACUUGACGGGGAACUCAUGGCUAAAAUGGCUACAACUUUGACAGAUAAAGAGGAAGUUGAUGGUUUAACUGGAAAAGUGAACAUAGAUCAUCAGGGAGAUAGAAAUCUUGACUUCCAAGUUCUAGACAUGUCCGUUAGUGGUACAUUUAGCAGAAUCAUUUCUAUUAAUUAUCUCAGUAAAGGGAUAAAGGAGAUUAAAUUUGAGGGUAAUAAGACAGCAGACCACGUCAGUCGAUGGCCAAAUGGCAAAGAAGGCGUCAAGAAUGCUCCUCCUGAUGAGCCUAAAUGUGGCUUUAUUGGUGAAAAAUGUCCAGUGGCGGAGAAACGACCAGACAGCGUGUACAUUAUAAUCAUAUCCAUACUUGGAGCUUUACUUGUCUUCAGCAUUACUAUCAUCAUCUACUGCGUUUUCAAAAACCGUGCGAAACCAGGUACAUAUGACCUAAAUCCACCAACAACAGUUCGAUAUCAAAAUAUGUCUUGACUGGAAUCGCAAAAUCAAGUUCGUUAUUAAAAUGUGGAAUUUAAAGUGGUUUCAUUGUUAAAUAACUCUGAAAAGUACGUUUGGAAAGCAGACACAAGAUCUUGAACUACAUCAAGUUUGAUUUGCUGAAAUGAAAGUGAUAUGAGCUUGAAAUUCCAUUCUUACACAAUGUACAAGUUAUAGA